AUGACACACGAUAUAACAUCGCCAGCUCCAUCCACUGCAAACAUACACGUCCCCAGCUCUGACCCAAUGGAAUUUGAAGCAGGGGUGAUUCACCCUACAAAUUCCAACGGGGAGCCCCACCGACCAUACCCAGUUUCCACUAAUCCUUUGGGAUUUUCUUUUACCGGGCAGCUUAUCGUCCAGCCAGGAAUCCCCAACCAAACACCGGAGAAAAAACCCGCCGAAAUCCCCACCCAGAUUUCCACUAAUACCACCGAGGGUGCUGUCUCCCACGUUAAUGAAAACGACAAGAUCCAAGAAGAUGCUACCCACCAAAAGGCGGUCCACGAGUACUUUACUCUAUUCCCCAUACAUGAGGCAUUGUUAAUUGUGCUCUGGCAGGAUGCGGGAGAAGUACCUCCCAUCUUACAGCCAUUUCCUUUCCGUUAACUCUGUCCUUCAGACAGGAAGUUUCCCCUCCAUGAACCCUCGCGAGGGCUACACAAACCCCCCGAGAGAUCUCGCCAACGGUGUUGAUUGGAGCCAGUUAGAGAAGGAGAUGGCUAGCGACGAUAAAUAA